UAGAGGGGAUAAGAAGUGUCCCUACUCUGGAGUGAAGCCUUAACUACCAUUGGGUACUAGUUGGGGGGCGGGGGACACUUAGCGUUCUACGAAUAGGAUGGAGAAGGUUAGGGAAAAGGAUUGGAGAGAGAUAUCAGCUGUGGUCCAGGAGGCUUUAAGUAGAGAGAGGCAGGUGGAAACCACAGAGCGUGCGCCUGAGGUUUGUAGCUGAAGGUCGGAGUCUUGGAGUCGGAAGUGCACGUCAAUAAUUAGUCGUAUGACUUUGGACAAGUCACUUGUCGUACCUGAAAGCUUCUAACGCCUCUUUUUUAUUUAUUUAUUUAUUUUUUUAUAACACGGAAUAAUAUUUGUCUACCCGGCUACGAUCAUCGAGCUCGACUUCCAAGCCGGAGCCUCUCUCCAUCAGUCCCCAGCCCUCUCCUCCAAUGCGCCUGGUGGCCAGACUCCAAGUGGGACCGCCGGACCGACGCGCAGUCUCGGGAGGUGGUCAAAACUGAUGGAGAACCUCUCUCUGGAGCCAGAGAUCCAAGAUGACCGUGGGUCACCCAGGGCAGCGGGUGCUCCCACAAAGCCCAGAAACAACUUCAAAGACUUGAUGGUCAAGCUGACCGAGGGACAGUAUGUGCUGUGCAGAUGGACAGAUGGACUGUAUUAUCUUGGAAAGAUUAAAAGGGUCAGCAGUUCCAAGCAAAGCUGCCUCGUGACUUUUGAAGAUAACUCCAAGUACUGGGUCUUAUGGAAGGAUAUCCAACAUGCUGGUGUUCCAGGCGAAGAGCCCAAAUGCAACAUCUGUCUGGGAAAAACAUCUGGACCCCUGAAUGAGAUUCUCAUCUGUGGAAAGUGUGGUCUUGGUUACCAUCAGCAAUGCCAUAUCCCCAUUGCGAGCAGCACCGAAGGGCCUCUGCUAACCCCCUGGUUCUGCCGCCGCUGCAUCUUCGCUCUGGCCGUGCGGAAAGGUGGCGCGCUGAAGAAGGGAGCCAUCGCCAAGACCUUGCAAGCAGUGAAAAUGGUGCUCUCCUACAAGCCUGAGGAGCUGGACUGGGACUCCCCGCAUCGGACCAACCAGCAGCAGUGUUACUGCUACUGCGGAGGUCCUGGAGAAUGGUACCUAAGAAUGCUUCAGUGUUACAGGUGUAGGCAAUGGUUUCAUGAGGCCUGUACCCAGUGCUUGAAUGAGCCCAUGAUGUUUGGCGACAGGUUCUAUGUGUUCUUCUGCUCGGUGUGUAACCAGGGUCCAGAAUACAUUAAGAGGCUACCUCUAAGAUGGGUGGAUGUUGUUCACCUUGCCCUCUAUAACUUGGGGGUACAAAGCAAAAAGAAAUACUUUGAUUUUGAAGAAAUCCUAGCCUUUGUCAAUCACCAUUGGGAUCUUCUUCAGCUUGGCAAGCUGACCAGCACCCCAGUGACAGAGCGAGGACCCCAUCUCCUUAAUGCACUGAACAGCUACAAAAGCAGGUUUCUCUGUGGCAAGGAGAUCAAGAAGAAGAAAUGUAUCUUCCGACUAAGGAUCCGAGUCCCUCCCAACCCACCUGGUAAACUCCUGCCAGACAAAGUGGUGACUUUGAAGGAAAAUGGCGGCACUUCCUCUGACCUACAGAAGAGAGGGAAGAGCAAGUACCAAACUAAGCAUAGUUCGAUGCCUCAUGAACAGCAGAAAAGGCGAGUUGUUAGAAGAAAAAGAUCAAAAUUUUUGUUGGAAGAUGCUAUUCCCAGUAGUGACUUCACCUCAGCCUGGAGCACCAAUCACCACCUGGCCAGCAUAUUUGAUUUCACUCUAGAUGAGAUUCAGAGUUUAAAAAGUGCCAGCUCAGGCCAAACCUUUUUCUCCGAUGUGGACUCCACUGACGCUGCCAGCACGUCUGGCUCAGCCUCCACCAGCCUGUCCUACGAGUCCAGGCGAACUGUGGGCAGCCGGAAGAGGAAGCUGGCGGCCAAAGCCUACACAUCCUUAGGGGCGAAGCGACGGGCAGCCGAGCCUGGUGGGCGCUGCACCUCAGACAGCAGUGCUGAAGGGGGCUCGGGCCCCGAGAGACCCGAUGAUGGCAUUGAUAGCCACACUUUUGAGAGCAUCAGCGAGGACGAUUCCUCCCUUUCUCACCUCAAGUCCUCCAUCACCAACUAUUUUGGUGCCGCUGGGCGGCUGGCAUGUGGUGAAAAGUACCAAGUCCUUGCUCGAAGGGUGACCCCUGAAGGAAAGGUCCAGUAUCUGGUGGAAUGGGAGGGGACCACCCCAUAUUGACCCAAUGUUGGAGAUGGGGGCGGGGGGAAGAGCAUGAAGACAGUCUUUAAAAAGUCUUGUUAACCAAAGGAGAGAAGAGGGAAGUCUAUCCCAGGGGCCUGCUAAGCUCUUGGGCUUCUCUCUAUCCCCAGGGGUUUCAAGGGAGAUGGGAAUAUAUUUGAUGCUCAGCUCUGGAUUCCAUGCCUUUUUGAAGGCUAAGAUAAAAGCCCUGGAGCAGAAGCUCCCAUGGUGUUUGACUGAGCUCCUAGCUAGGACUGACUUCUCUCUUCUCAUAUUCUCUCCUUUUUGUGUCUUUUUUUUUUUUAAUCUCUGCCUCUUUUUGUGUUUUUGUCUUCUUUCCCAGUCCUUCUAUUUUACUCUUUCUUAAUUUCUGUCCAUAUUUUUUUCUGCAUCUUUGUCUCUUUACCUGUGUCCAGGUAUUUCUAUUUUGUGAUGUGUCUACCUUUGUCUUUUUUUUUUUUUUUGUCUGUCUUUCCUUUUCUAUUCCUCUCUAUCUCAUCUCUCCACCCUCCCCCAAGCUAUAUUAUUUUAGUAACUAAAUAUAUUCAGAGGGCAACUGCUACACGCCCUUUUCUGAGCUUGGGCAAAAUGUUCUUGUGACAUCAGAGUGCCUUAGCACAGUGGGGAAUUACAAGGGAGGCAGGGAGGAGGGAGUUCAUCUCUGAAGGAGACCCUCCUGCUAACUCCCUCCUGCAACUGUACUUUCACUCCCUAUGUCCCUCCACCUAGCAUGAAUAUGGAUUCCAUUAUUGGGGUAAAGAUGGGAUUGAGAAUAGUUAGGAGAAGGACAUCAAUGCAAUCUCGUAUUGUCCAACUUGUGGGAUGGAGGAAUUCCUCUAUUGAAUAAGAGGCCUGCAUCCCCACUAUACCUACCCAAAAUGAACAACGGAGUCAUUUCUUUCCGUUGUAUUUAUUUUUUACCUUAAUGGAAUGACAUUUAACUUUGAAGAAUCUCUAUUUCCCUCUUUACAUAAUUAAAACCUCCCUCUUUUCUCCCCAAACUUUGCUGUGAAACUGAGAUAGAAAUCACUUGGUCACUAAGGGCUUUUUUAAUUGGGAGCCCUGGAUCAAGGAAAGGGGAAAGACAAUUACUUGACCAAAGGCAGUGUCCCAAACCCAGCUUCUUCCCUUUCUGGGAUCCUACAUACUCAGAUUCCCUCCUUCCUUGCGGCAGUCAGAUGGGUUCAUUAAACACAGCCUUUUCUGGGACAACCCCUUUAGCCACUUCUUGGAACAGGAAGGCUAAGAGAUGGAGGUGGCUGUUGGAUGUAUGUGUUUUAAUGUAGAACAUGGAACUUUAUAUCUCAAAGACCUCGUAAGGCAAUUAGUUCAGUCUCAAUUUUUACAGACAAGGAAAUGAAGUGGUGUAAAGGAAAGAACUUAGACUGGGAGUUCAAGGAGCUAAAAGAAUGCUGACUCUGAAGUCAGAGGACCUAGAUUUAAAUCCUAGUGACCUUAAAUGAAUGACCUAAUUUGUCUUGACCUCAGUUUCUUCAGUGGUAAAAUGAAACUGGAUGGCCUUUCAAGUUCCUUCCAGCUUUUAGCUAUAUGAUGCAGAUUUGAAUCCUGUGUCUGUUAUUUAUAAUCCGUGUGAUCUUGGGUAAGUCAUGAAAUCUCUCUGAGCCUUCUGUUGCCUUCUGUUUCUAAAUCUUCUUCUAAGUAUGACUUGCCCAACAUUACAAAAAUAGUAAGUCCCAGAGCUGGGGUUUGAACCCAUUUCUUCUGACUUCAAGGGCAGUGUGCUCUCUAUACUCUACAACUUUCUGGAUUGAUUGUAUGUUUGUGUAUGGAACCCUCCCAGUGAUCGUCCAGUGGAUGUCAAACUAAUAGCCUAAAGGUGACCGUAGGGCUGGCUACAUACACUUCAUCCAGAUAAGAUAUUCCCCUCCCCUGAAACUUUGACAAUCAUUUUCCCAGGAAACCUAGCGCUUGUAGGCUCUUGAGAUUUGAGGGAAUAGGGGAUGGGGAGUGAGGGUGGGAAAUAAAUAGGCCUCCUGAGACUGAGAAAGUGUCUUGAUGAACAAAGCCGCUACCACACAAAAAAAAGCUGUAACCAAGCUGGAGGCUUCCUGUCUACCUCUUCCCCACACUUCUCCCCAGAAGAGGAAUCACUCAUGUUGGAGGAAAGUGGGAACUUCCUGAUGUUGCUGCUUUUAAGAAUAAUCAAAAUCAAUCCACAGAGAAAGAAAAACAGCUGCACGUUGCUCUUCAUAGCAUAGAAUGCUCAUCAGCUCUACCAAAUUCUGUUUGGGGAAAUUGGGGGUGGAGAUGGGAAGCAGGGUCUGAAGCACUUAUGUAGACUUAUGUCUCUAAAUGGGCUGGCCCUCGAAAACUUCAAGGUCAGGGAUGGGAUGAAGGACAGCAAUGGAAAGUGGCCAAAUAAGUGUUUAAAUAGGUCUUAAGAUAGUUCCAUUAUUUUACCUUACUAGACCCCAAGCCUUAAUCUCUGUCUUCAUGCCUUAUAAAGAGCAUCUAUGGUCCCAGUGAGGGACGUAAAUUAAUACUUACAAACCUCAGAACUGACAGUGCCUUUCAAAUUGAAUUCCCUAUCCCACUCAUCCCCUCCAAAAAAGAGUGCCAACAUUCCACUGACUUUCCCCUUCAACCGGAAAAAUUGUGUUCUCUGAGUAGCCAUUACUCUGAGGCCUUUGUGGGUGUCCACUCAGAUACUGCUAAGUGGUCUUUGGGCCCCAAGAAACUAGCCAUGUAUCUAGAGUAGAAGUUUCUCCCAACUGACUCACUGGUCAUUCACCAAUUAAAGCAAAUGCCCACUGAAAUGGAUCUUAGUUCCGGUCCUAGACAGAGCUAAUGGUUUCUUUAAGAUAAUUGGGUGAAGGAGCAGGGAAUUCAGUAGGGCUGUUUGAAAGUUCUGUUGGGGAUCUGAGGUGGGAGAUGGUGGUAGGGUAAAUGGGCCUCCUUUAGUUGGUCCCAGGCCCUGGGACUUGGGAUCUACCUAAGAAUGUCUUAGCUCUGAGCUGGAUCCUGUACUGUCACUGAGGACACUGGUCAAGCUGGGACCUUAGAACAGGUAACCUUUUAAAGGUAUUAUCCCCUCACUCUCUGGCUAGGGUUGCCUUUGAAUUGUGGGGAUAAAGGGAUAGCUAAAAGUGUAGGAAGGAUGGGCAUCAGUUCCUAGCUGUUCACAAUACAAUUCCCUGGCAAUCCCAAGAGCCAAGUGAUCUGGGGAGAAAAUUGAGCAGCUGUUCCAGAUGUGUGGACAUCUUCCCAUGCCUUGGGCACUUUGGGCCUCCCCCCUCCAAGUCACCAUAUGUGGGUGGUUAAGAAUCUCCCACUAAGGGACUCUACUCAACUGACAAGUGCACUUCCCACCUCUGGGAGUCUCUUGGGCCCUGGCCUGGACACACCGAAGCCUCCCUCAGCCCUUUAAAGGGGCUGGACCCAACUUUGGAAUUCUCAUUGGACUCCUGAGAGUAUUCAUUAGUUGUAAUAGAUCCUGUAAAGACUCUGUUGUGCACCUUUAAAAAAGAUUUAUGGUUCCAAGUUGCUGCUUUUAAUAACCAACAUUUUAUAUUAAAGUUGUAAUUAAUGUUUGAUGUACAAUUAAAAUCUCCCCUUGUAAAAUCACAUGCUUUUUUCCACAUCAGUCAUUAGACAAGGGAUCACCUUGCUGAAGAAAAAUAAAAGUGACUGACUUCUUG